AAGCCAGAGACUAUCAGAUAUGCAUGUAUGUAAUUGUAUAUGAAAGGUUCCGUUCAAGUUUAUCUGUACUUUCGAACCAAAGAUAAUGAAUCUUUCCAUGACUCAUUAGUGUUUUAAACGCAAAUAGAGUAUAUGGAGUUUCGAAAUUCCAAAUACAUUUCAAGUAGACCACUCAGUCAGUGUUCACGGUAACUCGGAGUAAGUUGCUCCAGUUGUUAUAACGAUUGAUGACAUUUACGAAUAUAAUAUUUGUGAUUACUCAAUAAUUGUGUGAAAUUUUAAUAUCGUUGCGAAAAAAUGGCAUCUAUCGCGUUACUUAGCAAAGAUGUGCCUGAUAUCGAAAAUCUUUUAAGCUUAAAUCCGAAAAUAAAACCAUUUGCAAAUUUUGUUCCUUCGGCGCAUACUACAGAAAAUAAGAAAAUGUGGAAGAGAAAUAUUAAUGAAAACUGCACUAAAUGUCCAACUCUAACAAAAAAUUUCGAUGAUAUAAAGCACACCACAUUAAGCGAACGUAGUGCAUUAAAAGAAGCCGCGCGCUGUUUAAAAUGUACAGACGCUCCCUGCCAAAAGUCAUGUCCAACGCAACUGGAUAUUAAAUCCUUUAUAACUUCAAUUUCAAACAAGAACUAUUAUGGUGCAGCAAAAGCGAUUCUGUCCGAUAAUCCUCUCGGACUUACUUGCGGUAUGGUUUGUCCGACAAGUGAUUUGUGCGUGGGUGGAUGUAAUUUGCAUGCAUCUGAGGAAGGACCCAUAAAUAUCGGUGGUCUUCAACAAUUUGCAACAGAUAUCUUCAAACAAAUGAACAUACCUCAAACUAGAAUUCCCGGACAAACCGUUCUACAUUCCGAUACUAAAAUCGCUUUGUUUGGCUGUGGACCAGCUUCUUUAUCCUGUGCAUCAUUUCUUGCACGUUUGGGAUAUGAUAAUAUUACAAUAUUCGAGAAAGAAAAUUACAUCGGUGGUUUAAGCUCGUCAGAGAUUCCGCAAUAUCGAUUACCGUAUGAUGUCGUUAAUUUCGAGAUAGAUCUUAUCAAAGAUCUAGGUGUUAAGAUUGAACUGGGCAAAGCGUUAUCAGAGAAUGAUUUAACGAUACAGGGUCUUCAAAGUUCCGGGUAUAAAGCAAUCUUUUUAGGAAUUGGUCUUCCGGAAGCAAAGACUGUUCCAAUUUUCUCAAAUCUUACAGAAGAGAUGGGUUUUUUUACAUCGAAGAGUUUUUUACCAAAAGUAGCGAAGGGUAGUAAACCGGGAAUGUGCGCAUGUAAAAGCAACGAACUACCUUCUCUUCAUGGGAAUGUUGUUGUUCUCGGCGCUGGAGAUACAGCUUUCGAUUGUGCUACUUCUGCGCUAAGAUGUGGCGCAAAGAAAGUUUUCGUGGUUUUUAGAAAAGGAUUCACUAACAUUCGAGCCGUCCCUGAAGAAUUCGAUUUAGCAAGAGAAGAAAAAUGCGAGUUCGUUCCUUUUCAAUCACCGAAACGAGUAAUUACUCGAAAUGGAAAAAUAGUUGCAAUAGAAUUCUGUCGAACCGAGCAACACGAGAAUGACGAAUGGAUAGAAGAUGAGGAACAAAUUUGCAGAUUAAAAACAAAUUUUAUUAUAUCUGCUUUUGGAUCAGGAUUGCAAGAUUCGAGUGUAACGCGAGCCAUGGUACCCAUUAAAAUGAAUAAAUGGAACUUACCGGAAGUAGACACGGAAACCAUGAGUACUUCUGUACCCGGAGUCUUCUGUGGUGGAGAUCUCGCUGGUGUUGCUCAUACUACCGUCGAAUCUGUAAAUGAUGGAAAAAUAGCUGCAUGGUAUAUUCACAAAUAUAUUCAGAAUUGCUAUAAUUCGGAAGUAUCCGAAGUCCCUCAAUUACCUAAGUUUCACACUCCAAUCGAUGACGUUGAUAUAUCUGUCGAAAUGUGCGGUUUAAAAUUUGAAAAUCCUUUUGGCCUUGCUUCUGCACCACCGACCACCUGUAGUACCAUGAUUAGGCGAGCUUUCGAGGCUGGAUGGAGUUUCGUUGUCACGAAAACCUUUUCUUUGGAUAAAGAUCUUGUCACAAAUGUAUCUCCACGAAUAAUUAAAGGUACAACUUCACGCUACCAUUACGGUCCGGAACAAAGUAGCUUCUUGAAUAUUGAAUUGAUAUCUGAAAAGUCAGAAGCUUACUGGUGUAAGAGCAUUACAGAGCUAAAAAAAGAUUUUCCAUCUAAGAUUAUUAUUGCCAGUAUUAUGUGUACAUACAAUAGAGCAGAUUGGACGGAACUUGCUCAGAAAGCUGAAUCAGCCGGAGCUGAUGCUCUAGAAUUAAAUUUAUCUUGCCCCCAUGGAAUGGGAGAAUCUGGAAUGGGCUUAGCUUGUGGCCAAGAUCCCGAAUUGGUAAGAAAUAUUUCAAGAUGGGUUCGGGAAGCUAUAAAGAUACCAUUCUUCGUGAAAUUAACACCAAACAUUACCGACAUCGUUUCGAUAGCUAAGGCAGCUUACGAAGGUCAUGCUGAUGGAGUAUCUGCCAUAAAUACGGUUCAAAGUUUAAUGGGCUUGCACGCGGAUGCAACACCAUGGCCAGCUGUUGGCAUUAAGAAGGCUACAACUUAUGGAGGUAUGUCAGGGAAUGCAACUAGACCGCUAGCUCUAAGGGCAGUUUCUUCCAUUUCGAAAAAUCUUCCUGGAUUUCCCAUACUUGGUAUCGGCGGAAUUGAUUCAGCGGAUGUUGCUCUUCAGUUUUUACAUUGUGGAGCAUCUAUUUUGCAGGUUUGCAGUGCUGUACAGAAUCAAGAUUUUACUCUAAUUGAUGAUUACGUGACUGGUUUAAAAGCCUUGCUGUACUUGAAAAGUUUAGAACAAGUAAAAAAUUGGGAUGGACAAAGCCCACCGACGUUUAAACAUCAAAAAGGGAAACCAGUUGUAUUACAACAUGCUCUUGGCAAAAAUAUACCAUAUUUUGGAGAAUAUCAAAGACUUAGAGAACAAAAAAUAGCUGAGAUUAAACUUAACUCGAAUCCACUCGAUAAAUCUGUCGAAAUAACGAGACCUGCUCCAAAACCUAUUGCGCCUGUACCAACUAUAAAAAAUGUUAUUGGUAAAGCUUUAAGUCAUAUCAGUACCUACAAGGACUUGAAUAACAAAGAACAAGUGGUAGCGUUAAUAGAUGACGAUAUGUGCAUAAACUGUGGAAAGUGUUAUAUGGCUUGUGCUGAUUCUGGUUAUCAAGCAAUCAGAUUUGAUUCUGAAACUCACAUUCCAUUAGUAACAGAUGAUUGUACAGGCUGUACACUUUGUCUUUCAGUGUGUCCUAUUAUUGAUUGUAUUACUAUGGUACCUAAAACAAUACCUCAUGUCAUUAAAAGAGGAAUACCACUGAAAGGAACACUUGAAUUUGAACAUUUCUAACUAUAACAAGCACUUCAUUAAGCGCUAAUAUUUGUUUCAGUGGUAACAAGUACAUUCUGCUCUUUAAUAUUUUCAUCUAGUACAAAAAUUAACUUAAUAUAGCAACAGCUUGCUACAAGUUACUUACACUAUAUUAUUCAAUUAACUAAAGAUUAUUAAAAAUCUGGAUUAUCAAACCAUUGCAUUAUUUGUGGCAGUGAGAAGUUGUAAUUAUAUUCAUCACAUUUGUUAUUCAUCAAUCGAUGUCUAAAAUUUAAGGAUAACAAAUCAUAUUAAAAAUAUUUUGUACAAACAA